ACCGGGCGUCCUAGAUGCUCCGUGACGAUGAGAACCUACCGAGUUCCCAGAUGAGAUCGUCCCAAGCACCACUUGACCGAACAAGAUGACCUCCAAGAAAAUCCGCAUCGUCUGCAUUUCCGACACCCACAACCGCGCACCCGGCGAAGGCUAUACCCUCCCGCAAGGCGACAUUCUAAUCCACGCCGGCGACCUGACCAACCAAGGAAGCUACAAAGAACUGAAGAAAGCCGUCGACUGGAUCUCCUUCGCCGACUUUGCCGUCAAAAUCAUCAUCGCUGGCAACCAUGACCUCUCUCUCGAUUCGAAUUACUCCUUGAAGCACGAGAGUGGAUGGAAAGUUUUGCCCGAAGAUGUUAAAGCGUGUAGGGGACUCAUGCGUUCGGAUCAGUUUAUUUAUCUCGAGCACUCGUCUGCUAUGGUGCACCUGCCAGAGAAAGAUGUCACUCUGCGAGUUUUCGGAUCGCCGUACUCACCUGAUCGCGGCAGGCAGAAUUGGGCUUUCCAAUACGAGAACAGCGUCGCCGCGACGCUUUGGGACCAGGUUCCGCAGGAUACUGAUAUACUGAUUACUCAUACACCACCCAAGGGCUUCUGCGAUGAAAGUCGGCACUGGGAGCAAGGUGGAUGUGCGGCGCUAGCGAAGACCCUGCCACGCAUCAAACCUUUAGUGCACGUUUGUGGCCACUGCCACGAGGGAAGGGGUGCUCGUAUCGUAGACUGGGGCGAUGCAUGUACGACUUCAUCACCUGCCGCGAGGGUAUGGUCAGACGCCAGCGCUGGCACGAAGAAGGUAUCCAAAUUGGACUUGAGCGAGCUGAUCGCCGGACGGGAGACUGCGGUUGUCAACGCGAGUAUCAUGGGGACCUCACAUGGUCACGGUGGAAAGGUUUACAAUAAGCCCAUCGUGGUGGAACUUCGUGUUGCUGCUUCAGGAGAUUGA